AGAUCAUCAGAGUGUUUGCAUGUGUGUUGCGUGAGAGAGAGAGAGCGAGAGAGAGAGAGAGAGAGAGAGAGGGGCAUAUUCUCUCUUGCUCUCUCCAAAAGCCGCUAAAUACUAUGCUAUCUCUUGCAUCUCUUCAGCUUCCUCAUCAUCACCACCUAUUCUUCGACCAUUUACCGAAGACCCAUCUGCGGAAAACUGCAAUUUAUACACAGAACCGCUGUGACUUGGCGACUAACUAUCUCACUCGAAUUUCCACCUCUUCAAAUUCUUACCCAGUCGACAGCAGCAAAUCUUCUCUCGCUUGUCUCGCUCCCCUUCAAGCAAUUCUAUUUGAUAUUGAUGGAACACUCUGUGAUUCAGACCCUCUCCAUUAUUAUGCCUUCCGUGAAAUGCUUCAAGAGGUAGGUGUCAAUGGUGGAAUCCCCAUUACUGAGGAAUUCUUUAGUAAGAACAUCAGUGGCAAGCAUAAUGAAAAUCUCUGUCGUGUCCUCCUUCCUGAUUGGGAUCUCCAAAGAGCACGGAAAUUUAUGGAAGAUAAAGAAGACAUGUUUCGGAGGUUGGCAUCUGAACAGCUAGAAUCUGUUAAAGGCCUGCACAAGUUACGCAAAUGGAUUGAAGAACGCGGGUUGAAACGAGCUGCGGUGACAAGUGCGCCAAGACCAAAUGCAGAGCUCUUAAUCUCAAUGUUGGGGCUCUCGGAUUUCUUUGAAAUUGUUGUCCUUGGAGAUGAAUGUGAACGGCAGAAACCGUUCCCUGACUCCUACUUGAAGGCUCUCCAAGCACUUGAAGUGUCAAAUAAGCACACUUUUGUAUUUGAGGAUUCUGUUUCUGGGGUCAAAGCCGCGGUAGCAGCUGGGAUGCCUGUAGUGGGCAUGGGUUUAAGGAACCCUGCAAAUCUACUGAUAGAAGCUGGAGCAUCUUUUGUUAUCAAGGAUUUCGAUGAUCCGAAGUUGUGGAAAUCAUUGAAAGAGUUGGAGAACAAGGAAGACUAAUAACAGUAAGAAAUUGAAACUGUAGAAGAACUUGCAAAUUAUUAUGAAAUAAGUGGCAUUGAUGGAA